AUGGAAAGCGAUGAAUGGGGCAUUACCGGUGGGAGAAAACCUGAAGGCCAGGAAUAUCAACACAACGGUCCGGUGCCCACGCUGCGGAGAGGAGGAAACGACGUCACACCUCCUACUCCACUGCAACUUUGCAGCUCAAAUCUGGAGAAGAAUACCCUGCAAAAGCCAAAUCGAACCUAUGAGUAUCGGAGAUAUACGGGCAGGAAUGGAAUUGUCGCCAAACAUUAUUGGCUUACCGCCCACAUGAAUCGGAGAAGGGCCCAUCUUCCCCUGGGUAGCAUGGAGGAUUUGGAUCGCCAGAAAUUUACUCAUCUUUGA